UAUUGAAAUUACCAAAUCCAAUUCGUUUGCACUUUUUAACCCUAGACCAGUUUACCGGCGAUUUCGUUGAAUUUCAAUGGAUUCAGACGUAGCGAUGGUUCCCGCCGGUGACUCAUCGAGUCUUCCAGGUCCUUCAUCAUCUUCAAAGAAACCGAAGCGUUUUGAAAUCAAGAAGUGGAACGCCGUCGCUCUUUGGGCUUGGGAUAUUGUUGUUGACAACUGUGCGAUUUGUAGAAAUCACAUCAUGGAUCUAUGUAUUGAAUGUCAAGCUAAUCAGGCUAGCGCUACUAGCGAAGAGUGUACUGUUGCUUGGGGUGUCUGCAACCAUGCGUUCCAUUUUCAUUGCAUUAGCCGUUGGCUGAAAACACGUCAAGUGUGCCCUCUAGACAAUAGCGAGUGGGAGUUUCAGAAAUACGGUCACUAGAGAAUGCUACUGGGCAGGCAGGAAAGCAGUCACUGUCAGAUGGAAGUUUAUAAAACAUGAAGCAAGAGAGGCGUUUGUUUUCUUGUAUUGUCGUUUGGAGCUUGAAACCUUUUAUUGAACGAUUGCAGGGUUGUUUUCACAAAUAUUAUAUUUGAAUUGUAUUUGCUAAACAUUGCCUGUAGGCUAUGGUUAACCUCCACCCCUGACUUUUUUUUUUCCUAAUGAAGAAUGUCUUUUAUCAAGUAACAA